GAUGGAGGCGAGCUCGCGGGAGAAGCAAAUGAAAAGCACGGCAAGCGAAUAUCAUUCCUCCGUUGCCGAUGAUCUUGAUUAGGACAGACAAACGAUGACCUCUCCGCACGCUCGACGUGAUUUUGGGUCUUUCCACUCAUCGAAUGGUACGGAUACACAGACUGGAUAGCAUGGCAAGAUCUCUUCAGCCACUACAGCAUAUGUGCUGCGUUGCAUUCAGUCGAGGAGCUCCUUGCCGUCCCUGUAUCAGAGUGGCGGCGGCUGCUGCCCUUCCCCGACCCCGCAGAGGCCUUCUUCAUCAGUGGGGCUGCACACCAAUGCGACGCCAGCACGCUGAAGGCCACACAUUUCUUCUUGGAGGAGGAAUUCACCUUCAUCAAUCACGGGGCGUUCGGUGCGGUGCUGCGGCCGGUGAUGGCGCAGGCCACCGCGUGGCGGGAGCACAUGGAGGGGCAGCCCGUCCGCUUCGUCGACCGCCGAUUCUUCCUGCACUAUGUCGAUGUCGUGCGGCAGAUGGCGACCUUUGUCGAUUGUGACCCUCGCGGCCUCGUGCUGGUGCCGAACGCGACGACAGCCAUCAACACGGUGGUCAGGGGGCUGGUGGAUAGGGGGCUGCGGCGGGUGAUCCAUCUGAAUGUGACGUAUGGGGCCACGAUGAAGCUGCUGAGGUCACUCGAGAGCGUGGAAAUGCACCAGAUCGACGUGACGAUGCCGAUUGUGUCACGGGAGGAGCUCAUGGCGGGUCUGGAGCGCCAAGUGAAGGACUUGUAUGACUCUGUCACCGAGGGCGGGACCACUCUAUUUCUCAUCGAUGCCAUUCCUUCCAAUCUGCCUGUGGUCUUGCCGCUGAAGGACCUCAUCUCGAUGGCCAAAACAGUGUGUGGCGAGGGCCUUCUGACACUGGUGGAUGGUGCCCACCUGCUGUUGCAGACGGACCUGCGGAUUAACACCAUUGGGGCCGACUUCGUAAGUGGAGCUUAUCAGGCCGGGUUGGACCACUUAGUCAAGAGUCCAAAGUAUUCUCUCAUGUGUGUCUGUCAGGUGGCGUGCAACUGCCACAAGUGGCUGUGUGGUGCCAAGGGGUCGGCCUUUCUCUACGUGGCUGAGCCGCACCGGCAGCACAUGCGGCCUCUGGUGGCCUCGCAUGGAUACCUCUCAGGAUUCUCGUCAGCUUUCGCAUGGACCGGUCCGCGCAGCCCGUAGACCAGACAGAUACGAACCAAUAGAAUGGUCGUUCAUGCUGCUGUUGCCCUGCCCUGCCCUGCUGAUGUGUGUGUUUGUGUGCAGGCCUGCAGGACGUCGGUGCAUACCUGUCGCUCGAUGCAGCACUGGUGGGUAGGGGCAUGGCAUAACAAGGCAUCAGCCGCUCAGUGCAGCAAUGUCUGUGCGUGCGUGUGUGACUUCGAAUGCGUGUGUGGUGGCAUCAGGCAUUUUGGCGAAGGAUGGGCCCCCCUGCCGUGCGCGUGAGGCUCCACGGUCUCCUCGAUGAGGCCACUUCGCUCCUGACAUCAUCCUGGCGCACAUCCCUGCCAGUGCCAAUUGACCUGCUCGCCACCAUGGCGCUUGUCGAGCUGCCCCGAAUCGACACGGCCACUCUGCGGCGGCACGUGUCGUCAUACGGGGUCAACCGAGAUGCUUUCGACAGCUGUGCUGAUGACGUGCGUGUGGGCGAGCUGCCGGAGGGAGACGGGAUGGGGAGAGUGUAUGAGUAUGCUGACGCCGAGAGUGUGCAGAACUACCUUUAUUGGGCGGAGGGCAUCGAAGUGCCUGCAAAGAGUCUGCAAGGGUGCCUGUAUGUGCGUAUAUCGGGUAGGGUCAGUGGGAGAGAGGGAGGGAGGGAGGGAGGAAGGGAGCGGCCAGUAGGCAGGCGUGCGUGUUGGUUGGUACUCCCUCUCUGUAUCUGUGUGUGUCUGUGUGUGUCUCAUGUGUGCAGUUCAUGUGUACAACUGUCUGGACGACUAUCGGCGGCUGGCCGAUGCAGUAGCGAAGCUUUAUUGGCGGUGUGAAGCUCUCCGGCGGAAAGACGGAGACCCAUAGGAAUGUAGAUGUGAUGUGAGCUGGUGUCCGUAUGUGUGUGUGUGUGUCACCGGUGUAUGAGAUAUCUCAUCAGCCCCUCGUUGAAUGAAUGCGUGUUUGCGUCAUGCUGCUUGUGUGCC